UAGAGGAAGCCCCUAAAGCCGUCUUCGCCGGCUACAACAGCGACGCUCUCCCGCGUACCCCCCCCCGCCUCGUCAUUACCGUCCUCCCCUCCCGUCUCCUUUCCACCCCGCGUAAGCCUCGGGACGUUGGUGGAACGUAUGCGCCAUCGCGCCACGUUGAGUGCAACUCGCUGCGAGGUUCUGCGUUCGGACACGUGUGCAUGAAGAGAGUUGCUCCCUCUGACAAAUGAACUGCGCCGCUUGCAGUUUUGAUAUGCCAAGGAGUAAAGUCUAAAUAGGUCACCACGAAAGAAGGAGCGCCACGAAUGAACGCAGCUGCUCAGGACGCUCAGCGGGAUUUUCUUCUUAACCCGGGGCGGAAAUACUGGCGCACUGGAGUUCCUCUGAGCGCCGAUCACUUGAUGCGUAACCCGCUCCCCGCUCUCACGCCCGGGCAUCUUUAUUACGGCAAUGCACAGCAGCGCGAUCUGCAGCUGGGGGGCCAGCCGCUCGCCAUGAAGCUUAACCUCCAACCUUGAAGCAGCGCCACGGGCCACGCUGCCCCCCUCUCUUCCCCCCGGCUCUCGUGCGGCGAGCUAUCAAGAGCGCCAGCGCCUACGUCUCUUCCACUCGGGUCACUGAUAGAUUCUGGGGAGGGCGAGUCACUUCUCACCAUGUCGCUGGCUAGCGAGCCUGGCGUCGUGAGCCGAGGCCAGACCGGCAAGCCCCCCGGGGGUCCCAUACCGUCGUGCCCUCCCAGCGGCACCAAGCUCUUCACCAGCACCGUCCACUGCACUGCCGUGCUGGAGGGGUUUGAGCGUUUGAGGCAGGACGGUCUGCUGUGUGACGUGUCCCUUCUGCCGGGCGACGGGGAGGAAAGUUUCCCCGUGCACCGUGCCAUGAUGGCCUCGUCCAGCGAUUACUUCAAAGCCAUGUUCACCGGCGGCAUGAAAGAGCAGGACCUGACUCAGAUUAAGCUGCACGGGGUGAGCGGCAUGGGGCUUCGUCAGAUCAUCGACUUUGUGUACACGGCCAAGCUGUCGCUGAGCAUGGAAAGCCUGCACGAGACGCUCGAGGCAGCAAGUUUCCUGCAGGUGCUGCCCGUGCUCGACUUCUGCACGGAGUUCCUCAUCUCGGAGACGACGCUGGAGAACUGCGUGGAGGUGGGCCGCAUCGCCAACACGUACCACCUGGCGGCCGUCGACCGCUUCGUCGACGGCUUCAUCCUGCGCAACUUCGGCGCGCUGUCGCAGACCGCCGGCUUCCUGCGGCUGCCGGCCGAGCGGCUGGAGCGCGCCCUCGCCAGCGACUCGCUCAAGCGCUGCACCGAGCUGCAGCUCUUCCGCGCCACCUGCCGCUGGCUGCGGCACAGCGAAGCGGCCGACACUGGCGACGCGACGGUGGUGCCAGCGGGAAGCAGCGGCACCGGCGCUGCCGGCGGUGCCGGAGGUGGCGCAGGUGGCAGUGGCGGCAACGGCAGCAGCGGCGGCGGCAGCAGCGGCGGCGGCAGCAGCGGCGGCUGCAGCGGCAGCGGCGCGUUCGGGGUGGGCAGUGGCACGGGCAGCCUGGCCCGGCACAGGGCAUCGAGCAGCGACACCCUACCCAGGCAGAAGACUGAUGUAGACUCAUCAUCCACGAUGUCGCGCUGCAAGGGGGAUGGAGAGCCGCAUGGAAGCCGCAUGCGACAAGCCUCCCGUCUCAUGUCCCGCAUCCGCUUCCCGCUCAUGUCCCCGCAGGAGCUGCUGCACGAAGUCCAAACGGUGGAGUUCAUGCGCUCAGACGCCGCCUGCGUCAACUUGCUCCUGGAGGCCAGCAACUACCAGAUGCUGCCCCCCAUGCAGCCGGUGCUGCAGUCGGAGCGAACGCGCAUCCGCUCGGACGCGACGCACCUGCUGGCGCUGGGCGGCGUGCUGCGCCAGCAGCUGCUCGUGUCCAAGGAGCUGCGUUUGUACGACGAGCGCACGCGGCUCUGGCGCUGCCUGGCGCCCAUGGAGGCGCCGCGGUACCAGCACGGCAUCGCCGUGGUCGGCAACUUCCUCUUUGUCGUCGGCGGGCAGAGUAACUACGACACGAAGGGCAAGACGGCGGUGGACACGGUCUUCCGGUACGACCCACGCUACAACCGCUGGGCGCAGGUGGCACCGCUCAACGAGAAGCGUACCUUCUUCCACCUGAGCGCGCUCAACGGCCGCCUGUACGCCGUGGGCGGCCGCAACGCCGCCGGUGAACUGGCGACGGUGGAGUGCUACGACCCGAGCAGCAACGAGUGGACGUACGUGGCACGCAUGGCCGAGCCCCACUACGGCCACGCCGGCACCGUCUACGGCAACCUCAUGUACAUCUCCGGCGGCAUCACGCACGACACCUUCCAGAAGGAGCUGCUGUGCUACGACCCGGAGUCGGACCGCUGGACGCAGCGCGCGCCCAUGUCGACGGUGCGCGGCCUGCACUGCAUGUGCACCGUGCGCGACCGCCUCUACGUCAUCGGGGGCAACCACUUCCGCGGCGCCAGCGACUACGCCGACGUGCUCUCUUGCGAGUUCUACUCGCCAGCGGCCGACAACUGGACGUCGGCCGCCCCCAUGCUGCGCGGACAGAGCGACGUGGGAGUGGCCGUCUUCCAGGGCCGCAUCUACGUGGUGGGCGGCUACUCUUGGAAUAGCCGCUGCAUGGUGGAGAUGGUGCAGCGCUACGACCCCGAGCGAGAUGAGUGGCAGAAGGUGUUCGACCUCCCCGAGUCUCUGGGCGGCAUCCGCGCGUGCACCCUCACCGUGCACCCCCCUCCGGACGACGACGCUCAGCACCCGGACGACGACGACCGCGGAGGCGGUGGUGGCGGUGGUGGUGGCAGUGGUGGCGGUGGCGGAGGUGGUGGUGGCGGCAGCGGCAGUGGCGGCAGCGGCGGUAGCAUCGGCGGCGGUAGCAUCAGCGGCGGUAACAGCAGCGCGGGAGCUGGGGGAACGGGCGCCGGGAUGGGAGACCCGCUCAACACGCCCUAACGCGGGGGGCGCCCGCUCAUCGACGGGACGAUGCGGCGAGCUGAGCGCGCGGCGCCGGCUCGGCACCGGCAGGGCCUCUUCCCCCGAGAGGUUUUGGGCAUCCGAGGCGUUGCGCUGCCAUCUCGGCGAGGGUGUCCCCCUCCCCCCGCCCCCCCCCCCUGUCCGAUGGCUGCGCCCGAGUCAAAGCAGCAUCCUUAGUGACCACACCCCGUCUCUCGAGCGGCCGUCGACGCUACGGAGGAAGCCGGCCGCCCUUUUAGCGUUCGCUGAAUCGCGUGGGGGUCACGCAAACGCCUCCCCCCGACCCCCCCCCCCCCGCUGCACUCGCCGUCUCGCGUGACGAGCGUCCUGAUUGAAUUUGCGGACACUGGCAAGCGGUGCCGUCCCCCGCCCCCCUCCCCCCGUCUCUUCUCACACCACACCUCUCGCUGUCGGCGUGAAACUGCACUUACUUUUAUAUUACCUGACAAUGGGGUGGGUCGCCCCAAUGCAUUUCAGAUUCCAGGUUAUUUUUUUUUUUCAAAAGCAGGACAAAGAGAAAUUGAUCCCAUGGCCCCGUGAACGCUUCACCGAGCGUGUGAUGCACUUGGUCGUCGCGCACUUACGGAGAGGAAUUGGUUCUGCGCUGGUGCCCUAUAAAAAUAAAAUGUCCAAUUUUAGCCCCAACCAAUGGUCAUGUAAAAUGCUUUGGUUGUUCUCGAUUUCCAUCCCGCGGGGGCGACACCACCAUUAACAUUUCAGCUUUCCAUGCUGGCACCUAUCUUUCAUUCAUUUAUAAUAUCGGUGUCCCCCUGCAUGUGCAAGACGCAUACCUCGGCGCAUUGCUGGAGGGACAUGGAAAGCCGCCAGAUGAGUGUGGUGGUCUCUGAGGAAGCAGUUGGCUUCCACCUUGUGAGCACUGCUGGACAUGUAGGGUCACUGCUACGGCUGAAGCCCGAGUGAAGCUGUGCACGCAUGGAAUGCCUUUUGGCCUUUCGAGAAUUAAUGCGACAAUUCAUUGCAAAACUAAAUCCAACUCUCCACUUAGGGCGGGGGGGACCCUUUAUCAUCUCUUUUGGAAAAGUUAAUUUUGCUCGACCACUGCCUUCAUCGGUUCAUUGUUGGCAAAUUGCAGUGUUAAAAAUGCUAUGAUGGUUAGUACAUAAGAUGGUUUACUUGGACAAAUGGAUAAUAAAAUAAUACUUAAAUCUCGGUUCAUGUUUAAAGCUCUGUCAAAGCCAUGUGACUUAAAGAUUUUGACGUACAGAUUUGCUGUUGGUAUUUUUUUAACAAUUUUUUUUCAUAUUUUUCAUCUCCUUUUGAUACGAGCUGCUAAUUUGCAGCAGGUCGCAUGGUGCUCGUAGAAUUGGUGACCUUCACCAACAGCUGCACUGCAGAAAACUUUGCGAUCAACUACCAGUGACUGAUAAAUUCUGCAUUUCCAAAAUAAUUGUACGGGGGCACGGUGGAGGAGGGGGGGGGGGUGGUGUGCAUUGAGUGCUCGAGGCUGCACUGACCGUUGCAUUGCAGUUAAAUUCCUGGCCACUCUUAAAAUACUGUAAUCACAAUUUUGGGGAUAAAAUCAUCGCAGAAGUGCUUGGGGUCAUCCAUUCGCCAGGAAGUCUCGAUGCAUCAAGUUCCGAGCCCUUACCGCCACAAAAAGCGUGAAAGACGGUCAUCCGAGUUGCAGCGCGUGGCUAUUGUUUGUGUUCACGGUGUCUAAAAGCAACGUACACGUUUCACGUAGAGCAGCGGGGACAGUAUGUGAGUUGCAAUUCAAUGUUGUUAUCUUGCCGAUGUUGCUAUCACCUGUUCCGUGUGUGAGGAGCCCAGGGCCAAGAGGUGUCACCUCUUCCCUGGGAUGGUUGUUUGCCGGUUGGAGUGUUGUUGUGGUCCAUCUAUUGUCCAUCGCUCGGGCGAGAUGGAAUUGGUUAGCUUCGUGAUUACCACACCGCUUGCCAUAGAGGCAGCCCUCUCAGGAGUCUAUUACAGCAGCGAGGCGCGGACGCGAGAGUCGAUUGCGUCUGAAAUAUCACAAUCAUAACAGGUUUACGGGAUCGCUGGAGGGGACCACGUCCCGGUGGUUGAGACCAAUGAUGGAAUGGCGACCAAUGGGGUGAACGUGCACGAGAGGGCCUCAAUGGACGGGAUGGAGCCAAUUGAUAUCAGCUCCCUUGCAGGUAAUAGAUGGACUGUGACAGGCAGACGCAGGGCAGAGAGAUUGGAACAUCUUGGGCAGGCAUCCAUCGUGGUUGGUGAUGAUGAUAGUCGCUGUUAUCCUGGUCUACCUUGCGAUAAAAAUGAUCUCAAUAGACUCUCUGAUAAUAUAAUCACGAUAAAUACAAUUCAUACUUCUCACUGCAUUGCUCUUUGGCCAAUUGACAGGCUGCAACCAUUGGAAAUGUAACAUAUUUUAAAGACAGAACAUUAUCUCUUGAGACAUAUUCCUUUUUGGUUGCUUCGGUGUGUUAAUUAAAGGAUUGGCCGAACAAGAGUGCGUGAUUGAGUUAAAUAAAGCUACGCGAGGGGGGAACCUUGGACACGGCCUUGGCCACCCACUGAGCAACUCGAGUGCGGUGGGAUCCAGCGUGGCUACUCGCACCUCUCCCAGGAUGUCUGGUGAGUGAGUGCCAAAGAGUCGGCCGGCCCAAAUGCCCUCCAGAGCCACAGCCCUCUUGGAGGCCCUUCCGCCUGCAGUGGUGUGAGCAAGAAAUUACGUGAGAAGUGCCCAGUGGCUGAACUUUUAUCACGAAUUUAAUUUGUUUCAAAGUUUGAAGUACGUAACUAAAUGCUCCAAGAUGCCUGCAGAGCCCAACACUGGUUCCAGUGCUGCACCGUGUGUGUAACGAAUUCGUGCCGUGGUUUUCUGUUGUGACGGGGCACGUAUUUGUGUUAUCUCGUCAACGACGGUGUCUGUCCUCGUUCCACAUUGUGCACGAACUCAACUUGUGUGCGGAUGCCCAUUUUUGUUAUUUCAAUUUUCUGCUUUCUUUACCGCAGGCCCUUAAAAAGGACUUGUCUCGGAAUAGAGCAUUGACACGUUUGAAGGCGGUGGUCACGUGUUAAAAAUAGCGCACGUUUUUAUUUUUAAGUGUUGUCCCUCAUGGUUUCGUAAUGUCUUAUUUUACCACGUCCCCUUUGAAGAGUGUACAGGCUGCGUGUGUGUAAUGGGAUGUCCACGCUUUGUUGGUGUAAACUUUAGUUUGGCAUUUUUCAAGGAGAAUCGAUGUUAGCCUGCGAUGAGAACAAAGACCCCGGUACAAUUCCGUUCCCCUUGUCGUAAAAGAGAUGCUGUAAUUGUUACGCAAAAAGGGAAGUGUCUCUCCUUUGACCUUACAUGCCUUCUUUCUACGUUAUCGCUUUAUUUUGCUGCUGUUGUUUUGCGCUUGGCAGAGUUUAACCGCUUUUGCCCGGAAAAUGUUUUUAUAUGAAAAAAAAAAGUUUUUCGUUUACCGGUUACAAGAGCAGGUGGAAACAAUUUGUUGAAAGUUUCUAAACAAUUAAUAAUAGUACAACAACAAAAACCCUAUACGGUAGUUUAACUUGAACGCGCGUUCACAUGGCACCGCAAAAAAAAGGACCGCAGCUGUACGGAGUUUGAAGGACUGCUUUGACUUUCACAAGAACUCUUUAUUCUUAGUUUUUUUUUAAAGCGCUCACUGCCGCCGGAUGGAGGGGAAUCGUGGAUUUUGCGUUGCCCCUUCCCCAAGCGAUAAACCCUCACGGGCGUGUGCGCACGGCAGCGUGAAGUACGAAAGCACGGGGCGUUAUUUUUAAACGCCUCGCGGUUUACUUGAAGGUCAGACACUGUGGGCGGCAUGGAUGAGAGCGGCCCCCUUCCCCACAACCCCUCCAUCAAUUUAGUCUCUUUUUCCUCCUCCUCCCUCGUCUGAAAAUAAGAACAAGCGUGCACUCCGAAAUGGUGAUGAGCAAAAGAAAAACUAGAAACGGAACGCAUUCUUUCGUGAGAACUCAUGUAACAAACAUCACAGGACCCGGGAAGCUCGACGAAGGCUAGGUGUACAUUUAAAGCUUCGCGGGAUGCAAGUACAAAGCCGUGUCUUCUGCGUUCGACAAGACUUCCGCAGGAGGAAGACAAACGAUCGUCAAAUCCGCUCUCGUGCGAGGACGGGGGCGGGGAGGACCUCCCUUGCAUGGUUUGCCGUAAAAAAAAAGAUUCUCUGAACGCUGCUAAAAAGUGCCAGUGCCAUUUUUAUUUCGGUUUCUUAUUUUCGUUGGCCUUUUGCUGACGCUCUCUUCAAUUUUUAUUGCCAAAAUGAUCUUCAGAAAUAAGUGGCGGGUUGUACAAAACGCGACGUGUCCGAGAGAUUGACGCGAAGAGAGUUGCAUCGCGCGCAUCUUUGCGACGCAGCGUUUCUGCAUGUCCUAACAUCGUUUAUUUACAGACGACGGAUGCCUGCGUGUGUUUUUUUUUGCGAAUGCUUAAUGAGGACGUUUGAAACGGGAGCCGGAUAAGACGAGACAAUGCGGCAGUGCGAUGGGCAGAUCGGCCACCGUGAUGACCGUUACUCUUCCGCAGAUGGUUUCGAGGUCAUAUCGUAAUGGUGCAUGAUGCGGUGCCAAUGUGGCUUCUGCGAUAUAGAUACCAAGAUGGUUACUUGUCCCUGCCCCAUUCGCUGCUGAUACUAUAAACGAGGCAUCGUCAGGAUUUUUGGUUGCAACCGUGAGUUGCCACCAAAUGUAUAUUAAGUGCGAAGAAGUACGUGCAUUUCGCAGUUGGGACGUUUUUACCAACAGUGAUUGCCAACAGUAAAAUUCACCCAUCGCGCAAAUCAAAUGUUGGGCAGAGAAUCUCAAAGCGGCAUUUUGUCUCCAUCCAGCUACACCGGCACAUGUACGUUCAAUUCGUUGUAUCGUGGUGGAGGAUUACCACUUGUAACUUGCUUCCACAUGCUUGCAGGUGGCGGUGAAACAACCGCGUGUGGACACAUAUGGAGAGCCACGUCUCAACAUGAGUUUUCAAAAGCUCGUGAAGGCAUGGGGGAUCUUGCUGGCAGAUGUGCGCACAUCAGACUCUUAACUUUGCCUUUCAGUCACAUCCGAGACUGCAUUAUUCACCCGCUCCCCCCGGAGAGCUCCGGGCUUGUCGACUGGAGUGUGUGGCUCUUAAUAAGGUGGUCGCGAGGAGCUGGCACAGUGGGUGCCUUCUGUUUAACCCCGUUACUUAAACCUACAGCUGAAAAGUUCAGGGCUUGGUGGGGGGGGGAUGCCCGCAUCGUUCAUGCUCGGAUUGUGCCGUGGCCACAUUUUCAUGCGGCGUUUGUUGCACCCGAUCUGUUUUGUCGUUUAUUUCUAGACUUUUGGAAACACUGGUUAAAAAAAAAACCGAAAGAGAGCUUAUGUCAUGGCUCAAAGGCAAAGUUAUAAUGGUAGAAGUGUAUUUUUAACAUCCACCAAUAAUUGACAUGCAAAGUGUCGGCGUGGCUCUAAUAUAUUUAAGUACCAGACUGCAUUGUGUGCAAACCUAUGUAUAGUGUGCUCGUGACAUGCAUUGUACAAUUGUUGCCACCAGUCAAGUGCUAAGUUAUACUGUGUAUGGAUUAAAAGGAAAUACUUGCAGUUUUGCAUAAACGUAUAAUAUAUAGGGUAGUGUGCUUAAGGCCGUGUAUAUAGAGCUGGGUUGCGCAAGAGGGGAUUGUUGCCAAAUCUGUUUAAGAUAUAUCUUUUUAUGGAAAGUUUGCGAGACUGGGAAUUUUGAAUUAAAACUAAGGAGAGCAGAAAAGAGAUUGUAUCAAAGUUGCUGCGUGGUCUACUGUGUUUAGUGCAGGUUGUGAGUAGGUCUCUCAAGGGGGAAUUUCACAGAUGCCUUAUCGUAACAACGUAGCCCUUGUAAAUGACGUAACCCUGCAGCACAUCGCGGCUGCCUGCACCAUUUCUCGUGAACAUUUGCGAGUUGUGGAUCUCUGCUUUGCUCUGGUAAAAAGUUGUGUCAUUGCCCGGCGUCUGUACAUAGAUUCGUUCUAAGCUUUAUCGAUUGCAGUUGGGGGAUAUAAUAACAGUCGAGCGACCAUAUUGGGUCGUGUUGACAUGCACUGUGUAGCUUGAUCAAUGACAGCACUGUGUAUGUUGUAUGUUGAUUCGGGGCAAUGUGUGUGUGUUUGCUGUGCGAUCAGUUCAUGGGAUGGGUAUAUGUUGCACAGGCUUGUGGGUUGGUUAUUGAUUCUAUAUCUCCCGGGGUAGAAGUGAAUGCAGGUGAACAGGUUGCGCUUAUACCAUUGUGGCUCCAGACAGUGCAAUCGUAGUCGUCACGUUAGAGACUGGGCACGCGUAGAGUCGGCCCAAUCAUCCUUCGCGUCUGUCCUCUGGAACCCUGUAAUGCUCUGGAAGUGUUGCUUGAGUUGAAUUAUAAUAAAAAAAAUGACGAUAAGAAUUAAU